GCUCCACUCUUCAAAUAUUUAUUCCAUGACAUUUUAUACAUUGAUCCACAGCAGUAUAUACUCUUCAUAUUGAAUACAUUUUUCCUUCCCUUGUAUGAUGGAUUGUAUUUUAAAAGUUGUUUUUUUAUCAUAUUUUUUUCAUGUGCUGAUCCAGAUGAUUACCAUCAACUGAAUGCACUCAUGGAAAUGUUUGGCAACCUCAAGUUCACCGUGCUGGGCUUCUCCUGCAAUCAGUUCGGUCUGCAGUCCCCUGAGGCAAAUCAUGAAACCUUAAACAUCCUGAAGUACGUGAGACCCGGGCGGGGAUUUGUGCCAAAGUUUCCCAUCUUUGGUAAAGUGGAGGUGAACGGAGUCAACGAGGAGCCGCUGUUCACUUACCUAAAAGAAUCUUUGCCCUUUGUGAACCCCGUCAUCGGCGACAUUAAGAAGUUCUACUGGUCUCCAAUCACGGUCAACGACAUCCGGUGGAAUUUUGAAAAGUUUCUCAUCACUGCGGACGGCGAGCCUUUCAGCAGGUACGAGCUGCACUGUCCUAUUGAUAAGGUCGAGAAGGACAUCACGGAGCUACUGUAACAGACUAUCGUCAGGCGAUCGGCGGUGGCAGCGUGACGGUCCCUCAGUCAAUGCACCGGUGUGCCCCUGAGCUGGAUCCGAUGAGGAGUUGGAACAAGACUCGGAUAUUCACUGCAUUCUCUCUGAGAACAGAUUCCUCUCCGCCACCAAAAAUAUGAAUAAAUACAUUGAAUUUGAA